CUCCAUAUACUCGGUGGUCGUCCAAAGCAGUAAUAUCAACUUUACCUGCAGUUUUUGUGGUGGAUUUUCACUUGCAUACGAGUUUUAACCUUUGCUUCAUUCAGAGACACCGCCGAGAGUCCUGAGGCAGUGCAGUGACCAUGAAAACCAGAUAGUCAGUCAGUGAAUCGGUUACCAGCCAGUCAAUCUCCAAGACGACAAGCCACGAAGUCAUCCCUCCCCACCCUAAACCCAAGCCUGCAACCCUAAAGCCAUGCAAAUUAAGGCAAACCGCACCAAGCACCGUCUGACUCUUGCUUUCCCCCGAGCGGGUGAUGAUGUCAUCUUACGAACCAGUGACCCGGAGCGGAGAACAGGUGUGAAUUGCGGUGACUCAAGAGAAAAAAAGUGAGGACCUGCAGAUGGAAAUAAAGAGUGGCGUGUGACUGGCGGAAGAAUGAGACACAAGAACAAAGAAAGCGGUGUGUGCAUGGGUGACUGUUCCUCACGCAUACCCCAGGCUUUGAGCAACCACAGAUACCUAACGAUGAGGCCAAAGAAGAUCACUAUUAUCAAACUCACCGCUGCCAUGUUUGCGGGUACACUGCUGACGGUGGCACUGACGACGAGGGGCCAGUGGGAGAACCAGGUGCUGAAGAUACUGAUGCAGGGCCCGCUGGACGCCUCCGACCCUCGCCUCCUCGAGCACGUGAGACAGAGCUACCUGGUGCCGCCGUCCGUGGAGCCCUACAACCUACGAGAGGACAGCAACCUGCCGACGGACAAAAAAUAUAUGUCCUUCCGUAACUCGACGUUGGGCUGGCAGAAGCUGCAUCGCCUGGUGGUGGCGCUGUUCGAGGGGCAACCGCCGGGUUUCUUCGUGGAGGCCGGGGCGCUGGACGGCGAGUAUCUUUCCAACACGGUUUAUCUGGAGCGAGAGAAGGGCUGGUCUGGUUUGCUGGUGGAGCCUGACGGGGACAUGUUCGCUCUUCUCCUGACGAAGCAACGCCGCGCAUGGGCCUCACACUGCUGCCUCGCCACCAGCAUCUUCCCGAGCCAGACAACGCUGGUGAAGAUGGUCAAAAACUCUGAGACGGCGGUCGGUUAUCGCGCUCAGAACAUGCUGGUGGAGUCGAUCUUCAACCUCGGGCGGCCGGUGGGCUAUCAGACGUACGAGCAAGUCCAGUGCCUGCCCCUCCAGACGCUCCUAUUGGCCCUCGGGGUGACGCACGUCCACUUCGUCUCUCUGGACACUGAGGGCGUGGAGGAGGGCGUGGCGCGGGCCUUCCUGGGCGGGGGCGUGGCGGUGGACGUGUGGCUGGUGGAGCAUCACAACCCCUUCACGGCCAUGGACUCACCCCACGAAGACUUUAUCCAGAUGUUCGUCGACCAAGGCUACUCCCUCUACACUAUCAUCAUUGACCUGCAGCCCUUCAACUACGUCUUCGUCAGGAGGGACUCGCAGCUUCACGACGCCGCCUUCGCCAACAGACCCGCAGAAUUUUCAGGAGCCUCGUAACCACACAAACCCCCCCCCCCCCCCCCCCCAAAAAAAAAAAAAAAAAGAGAGACGAGACUAUAAGGUUCUUCAAAUCUAACUUUCCUUUUGUGUGAA